CUGGGCAGGGGCCGGGGGAGCCGCGCGGCGGGAAAUGGCGGCCGGGCCGGCCUGAGCUGAGGGGACGGAGCUGCACCAUGAGGCUGCUGCGCGCCCUUCUGCGCUGCGCUACCCCGGGCGGCGCCUCCCCGGGCAAUAUCCCGCAGCAGGUGGACUUCUACUCACGCUUCUCCCCUUCGCCGCUCUCCAUGAAGCAGUUUCUGGACUUCGGAUCUGAAAAUGCUUGUGAAAAGACUUCAUUUAUGUUUCUGCGACAAGAGUUGCCUGUGAGAUUGGCAAACAUAAUGAAGGAAAUAAGCUUGCUUCCAGACAACCUCCUAAGAACACCUUCAGUUCAGCUGGUGCAGAGCUGGUAUGUCCAAAGUCUUCAGGAGAUUCUUGAUUUUAAGGACAAAAGCUCAGAAGAUUCAGGGGCUAUUCAUAGUUUUACAGAUACUGUGAUAAAAAUCCGGAAUCGCCACAAUGAUGUAAUUCCUACCAUGGCUCAAGGAGUAAUAGAAUACAAGGAAAGCUUUGGCAUUGAUCCAGUGACCUCUCAGAACGUGCAGUAUUUUUUAGACCGCUUCUACAUGAGUCGCAUUUCAAUCAGAAUGCUCCUUAAUCAACACUCUUUACUUUUUGGUGGGAAAAUUAAUCCAGCUCAUCCAAAACACAUUGGAAGCAUCGAUCCUAACUGCAAUGUUGUUGAAGUUAUUAGAGAUGGCUAUGAAAACGCCAAGAGGCUUUGUGAUUUAUACUACAUGAGCUCUCCAGAACUUAUCCUUGAAGAGUUGAACAUUAAAUCACCAGGACAGCCCAUGCAAGUGGUGUAUGUACCAUCACAUCUCUAUCACAUGGUUUUUGAACUUUUCAAGAAUGCAAUGAGAGCCACCAUGGAACAUAAUGCUGAUCACUGCAUUUAUCCUGCAAUUCAUGUGCACAUCACAUUGGGAAAUGAGGAUUUAACUGUGAAGAUGAGUGACCGUGGUGGUGGUGUUCCUAUGAGGAAAAUUGACAGACUGUUCAACUAUAUGUAUUCAACAGCACCACGUCCUCGUGUUGAGACAUCACGAGCUACACCUUUGGCUGGAUUUGGUUAUGGCUUACCCAUAUCACGUCUGUAUGCACAGUACUUCCAAGGAGACCUGAAACUGUAUUCCUUAGAAGGCUAUGGUACAGAUGCAGUUAUUUACAUCAAGGCCUUGUCAACAGAAUCAGUUGAAAGACUCCCUGUAUACAACAAAGCAGCCUGGAAACAUUAUAAAGGAAACCAUGAAGCCGAUGAUUGGUGUGUGCCAAGCAGUGAGCCAAAGGACAUGACCACUUUUCGCAGUAUGUAGCUUUUUCCUCAGCAGCUCCUAAGGAGGAGGUUUGUCUGUAAAGGGAAUUUACAAGACCUGAUUUAUACCAAGAUGUUGAGCCACUUUUGAUAUAUGAAAGUGAUUUUGAGUGGUGUAAAAAAAAGUUUAUUUUAAAAGUGUAAUUAGGCUUUUCUGAAAUUAAAAAAGCAACAGCCACCAAAACCCCCAAACCUGCAUUUAUAAAGAAGGAUCAUACUUCAUUUUUUUCCUCUUUCUGUUUAUGACUGUUCUCAGAGCUAAGUCAAAGGAGCAGCAUUUUCAUUUUUAUAGGGAUCAAUGCAACAGCUAUCACAUCUGGUAUUAAUGUGUAUAAUUACAAAAUAAUUUUAUUAGACAAACUAUUGAAAAAGCUCACUGGAACAUUCUUCCAUUAUACAAUUCUACUGAUUAAUGAAAAACUCAUGUAAGAAAUAUCAAGCUCAUUGCUAUGCCUUUGCAACUGUAUUGCACUUUCUUUUAUCUUAAGCAUGCUGAAACUUAAUUUUGCAAAGUUAGAUAUGUUGCCUACAUACACUGCCUACAUCAAGGGUUUUUUUUUCAGCUGUAGAAAUCAUACCUCUGUAAGGAUAAAAAAUUUUAAGAAGUGUUUUUAACUGCUACUACUGGUAUAAUGUACCUCAGGUAUGUGGCAUUGGUUGUAUUUCUUUGGUUGUAAUGUGAAUAUAUAAUAGAUGUGAAAAACUUAUCUUGCCCUUACCAUUGUGAAUUUAAAAAUAGCACUGGCUUGUGUACAGUAGAGAAGUGUUGUCUUGCAUUUGCCUCUAUUUCUGUAGGUCAUACCAAAAUGCAGUAUCAACAUUCUAGCCUUUGUGAGAUCUCAGACUUGGGUAUGUCAGGUACAGCUGUAAAUGGAAAGUAUUU